UACACUAUACACAAAUCUCAGCCAUGGUUGAUUUAGGAGUAUUCUGCUUGAAGUACACCUUUUUCGUCUUCAAUGUGAUAUUUUGGAUUAUUGGUACUGUUAUCAUAGGUGUUGGUGUUUGGGCAUACACAUUGUCAAAUGAAGGUGGUCUCAAUUUUGCCCAACUGAGAGAUGCUGAAGCAGAUGCAAUUAUUGUAUUUUUGUUUGCAAAUUAUCCACUAUUAGUCAUUGUUAUUGGAGUGGUAAUAUUUGUAUUGGCGCUCUCCGGUUGUGUCGGUGCCUUAAGAGAAAAUAUCUGCCUUUUGAAAUUUUUUACAAUAGUAUUAUGUUUGAUAUUUGUUGUUCAAAUGGCGAUGGGAUUAUUCCUUUUUAUAACUUUACAAUACAAUACAGAAAAAUUUUAUACAAAAGUUGAUGAUAUUAUAAUAUCAGCAAUUCAGAAAUACAGAGAGGACAUAAAUUUACAAGAAUUAAUUGAUGAAUUACAGCAACAGUUGAAGUGUUGUGGAGCAACAAGUUUUGAUGAUUGGGAAAACAAUAUUUAUUUUAAUUGUUCCAUGGAAUCAAAGGGAUCUAGAGAAGCAUGUGGUGUUCCAUUCUCAUGUUGUCGGUUAGAUCCAGAGGAGACUGUAAUAAACGUUCAAUGUGGUUAUGAUAUCCGCAAAGAAGGAAUGAAUGUGGAAAGAGGUGAAACAAUAUACGUUGUCGGAUGCGUGACGGCAUUUCGGCAAUUUAUUUCUGAUAACUAUUACAUCAUUGGUGGUGUUCCCAUUGGGCUUGCUCUGUUGGAGAUGUUUGGCGUGCUUUUUGCAAGAAGACUGUCAAAUGAAAUUGCCGCACUGAAAGCAAAGUGGAAGUACGAAAAUAGAUUCAAAAAGGACUUGAAUGCUGCUACAAACGCUUCAUAUGAAACUGCCUAG